ACUAUUUAUCGCCCGUCUCCCACUCUUGUCUCCUGCUGCGCUGCUGCAAGAUGUCUCAAAAGAGCCCCAAGAGCGGUUCGCCGCGAUCUCCACGAUCUCCCCAGAGUCAGGGACCUGUUGCAACUGCUGCACAGACCCUUGAAGUCGAUGAUAUUUCAGAGGGGGAGGAAGACGACCCAGGUCUUGGUGAAGACUCCGAAAGCUCGACGGCCUCCAUCACCUCGAGCAUCCUCCACUAUCGCACCAUCAAUGGCAGGACUUACCACAGCGAAAGAGGAAAUGCUGCCUAUUGGGGCUCCAAUGAUGAACGACAAAGUGAAGCGAUGGACAUUGCGCAUCACAUGUUUACUCUUUCGCAAGACGGCGAGCUACACUUUGCUCCACUGAAUGAUAAUAUUCAAAAAGUACUUGACGUUGGAUGCGGAACAGGAAUAUGGGCCAUUGAUUUUGCGGACAAGUAUCCCGGAUGCGAAGUGAUAGGGACAGACAUCUCCCCAAUCCAACCUUCAUGGGUGCCUCCUAAUGUCAAGUUUGAAAUCGAGGACUUCAACCAAGACUGGACUUUUCCUCCAGAGUCCUUUGAUUACGUCCACUUACGUUAUUUAGUUGGAUGCGUUCCCGAUUGGGAUAAACUCUUUGAACAAGCCUUCAAGGCCCUCAAGCCAGGCGGCUGGGUCGAGUCCUUUGAAGCUUCAGCUAUCAUCGAGAGUGAUGACGAUAGUGUAAAGCCCGACUCAGCAUUGGCUCAGUGGGGACCUAUCUUUAUCAAGGCCUCAAAGACAAUUGGAAAUACGUUUACCGUCGUAGGAGAUGAGCUUCAAAGACCUGGUAUUGAAAAGGCUGGAUUUACAGAUGUCAAACAAUGGGACUCGAAGUUACCUUUGAAUCCAUUUCCCAAAGACCCCAAGCUUAAGGAAAUUGGGCAAUUUGGUGAGCUGUUCAGUACUCAGGACACUGAAGGGUUUGUCUUGUUUGUUGCCAACACUCUAGGAUGGACUCCCGAAGAGGUUCAUGUAUACAUCGCCAAGUUCCGGCGGGAGAUCAGAGACAGGAGGAAUCACCCGUACAUUCGCUUGAGAACUGUCUGGGCAAGGAAGCCGGAGUAAAUAUGAGGUCAUUUACUUGUUAAUGAGACUGGCCGAAGCAUAUGAC